AAAUUCAAAAUUUUAACACACAAUAAAAAAAAAUAAACACAUUCACAAAAAAAAGAAAUGGUUGAUAUGGAUUGGAAGAGGAAGAUGGCAUCAUCAGAUUUACCAAACUCACCUAAGCUUUCUUCAAAGCUUCACGUAACUAUUCCAUCACCAUUCAAAAUCGUCCCUGUUUCGUCUCCGAUCUCUUGUUCCGCACCAGCGCUUUGCUCUGCUUACGAGCUUUACCUUCGUCUUCCUGAGCUAAGAAAGCUCUGGUCAUCUCGUGAUUUUCCUACGUGGACGUCAGAGCCGAUUCUUAAACCGGCUCUUCAAGCUUUGGAGAUCAGUUUUAGAUUAGUUUUCGCCGUUUGUUCUGAUACUAGACCGUACAUCAACCACCGUGAAUGGAACCGGAGGUUAGAUUCUCUCGUCACGAAGCAGAUCCAGCUUGUAGCAGCGAUCUGCGAAGAAGACGAUGAAGAAGAAGGUGACUCGGCGGCUCCGGUCAGCGAUGGACGGAGUUCGUUGAGUUUGUUACCACAGCUAGCUACGUGGAGGAGAUCAGAAGCUUUAGGGAAGAAGAUCUUAUCUACGGUCGAUAACGAGAUGAGUCGGUGUAAGUACACGCUUGGACUCGGUGAACAAAACAUCGCCGGGAAACCAAAUCUCCGGUACGAUGCGAUUUGCCGACCUAACGAGAUCUAUAGCCUCAAGGAUAAUCCAUUCGCAGAUCAUAUCGAUAAUCAAGAGAAUCAAACGCUCUAUAUCAUUCAUCAGAUCCUCGAAUCGUGGAUCUACGCAUCUGGAAAUCUUCUGAAUCGAAUCGUCUCCAGUAUCGAAGAAGAGAAAUUCGAAAAAGCUUCGAACGAUGUUUACUUGCUGGAGAAGAUCUGGAAACUUUUAGCGGAGAUUGAAGAUCUUCAUAUGUUGAUGGAUCCGGAGGAUUUUCUGAAAUUGAAGAAGCAGUUACAGAUCAAAUCGACGGGGAAAAACGAUGCGUUUUGUUUCAGAUCUAAAGGAUUAGUGGAGAUGAUGAAGAUGUCGAAAGAUCUGAGGCAGAAAGUACCGGCGGUGUUGGCGGUUGAGGUAGAUCCAACCGGAGGACCGAGAUUACAAGAGGCGGCGAUGAAGCUUUACGCGACGAAGAGAGAGUGCGAUAAGAUUCAUCUGCUUCAGGGGAUGCAAGCGGUUGAAGCGGCGGCGAAGAGUUUCUUCUUCUCGUAUAGGCAGCUAGUGGCGGCGAUGAUGGGAAGCGCCGAGACGAACGCGACGGCGAGUCAAGAGUCGUGUGACUCGUUGAGUCAGAUAUUUAUGGAGCCGACGUAUUUCCCGAGUCUUGACGCGGCAAAGACUUUCUUGGGAGAGUUCUGGAGUCAUUUGGGAUGAUUCAUUUUAAAUUCCGCUGGUAUUAUUUAUUUAAAUUGGUGGUUUGGUUAAUUUAGUUUGUAACAUACCGAAAUUUUUGGAACACUUGACGAUCCAUAUUUGAAUACAAAUUCAUUUUAUAGUAUGA